AUGUGAUUGGCAGUGUUGGAUACCCACAUCUGGGAUGCUUCAGCCUCUGAAUGGUACAUUCUAUGCAGAACAGAGUCUUCGUGUCAAUGGCAACCAUUCCUCUCCUUCCCAAGAAGGACGGCCUAGUCCCACCUCCCUGUCCCCUCGCUCCAGAGCUGGGGAAACUGGGGCAGCUCUGGACCUCAGCCUGGAUGACUUUAUCCCUUCACACCUCCAAAAAAGGCCGUCUGCUAACAACAGCAUGAGCCCAGCAUCCCCUAGAGCGACAUCUACUCCGCAGACUGUGCGGGCUCCCUCACGUCGCAGAGUUCCUGUGAUUCGUAACUGUGGCUCUAACACCCUGAAUUUUGAGUUCCAUGACACAAGCCCUCGCACUGUGAACAAUGGGAUGUCACAGCAAUGGAAAACAGCCCAAUGGAAGUCUGCAAGCAACUGGUACCCAACCUGGCCUGCUAAAGAAAUUAGACCACUGAAAUCUCGAGCAGCAGCAGCAGCAGCAGCAGCAGCAGCACCCGUUCCUUGCCCAGCAGAUUCAGCCACAAGGCCAGUUGUCAAUGGUGCCGCACAACCCAGUUGGUCAGCCACCUGGACAAAAGAUGGCAGGAGAAAGGAAAAACGCUGGGUGAAGUAUGAUGGGAUUGGACCAGUGGAUGAGUCCGGGAUGCCCAUUGCCUCACGAUCGAGUGUGGACAGCCCCCGAGACUGGUACCGCAGCAUGUUCCAGCAGAUCCAUAGCAAACUCCCUGGACAGGACUGGGACAUCUGCUACAACUCCAGAGGGUCUUUGAAGUCCGCCUUGGAUAGUGACAGUUUUGUUUCCUCCAGAUGCCAGGCCUCCAAGGUCCAUGCAGAAAAGCCAACCAGUGGUCUUGGCAUCAAGCAGCUCCUCCUGCCUUCAGAAUGGUUUGGACUGUGGCAAACAAUUCUAGUCAGCCAUCCGUCUCCUUUUAGUCUAACCAUGAUUCUUCAGUGCUUGCCGGGGAUUCUGUGGACAAGGAGAACUUGGGAGGCAGUCGAUGCUACAGCCAAGGAACCCAGGAGUAUUUUUGAUUAUGAACCCGGGAAAUCGUCCGUCCUUGAGCACCCUAAUUCACCCAAGAAACCCCCCACAGCAUUGCCAGCGCAACAUCGCACGUCUUCCCCACCAAUCGAGGAGUUACUGGAGAAGGAGCUACAGCAGCUCAGCGAAGAGUUGGACAAGGACAUUAAAGCCAUUGAGAUUCGCCAGCUUGCCCGCAAGUGCUCUUCGGCCGCUUCCUCCUCCGCCCGCGUCCCUUCCCCGGCCUUUGCUGCCCGCCGCAGCCCACUGCCUGACCACAGUGCCUAUCCUUCCACGGGACAAAACCUUCCUGCAGCCCAGUGCCACGUGUCCGCCAGCCCAAGAAUGGAGAAAGGGAGUCCCGGCAUUGCCAGGAAUAACUGGAACAGCUCUCCACCAAGGAAUGAUCCUUUGAGGCAUGUGGGGAGAAUUCCUGAGUCUUUGGACGCGGUUCUGGAUAGUCCCACAAAGAAAGAAGAGAACAAGAUGAAAGCUGCUCGCCUCAAAUUUGACUUCCAGGCAGAGUCACCAAAGGAACUGACUCUGCAGAAGGGUGACAUCGUCUAUAUCCACAAGGAAGUCGAUAGAAACUGGCUGGAAGGAGAACACCAUGGCAGGGUGGGCAUUUUCCCUGCCAACUAUGUGGAGGUUCUUCCUCCAACAGAAAUCCCCAAACCCAUCAAAUCCCCCACCAUCCAAGUCUUGGAGUACGGAGAGGCUGUGGCUCAGUACAACUUCAAAGGAGACCUGCUGGUGGAGCUGUCAUUUCGCAAGGGGGAGCGCAUCUGCCUGAUUCGCAGAGUGGACCAGAAUUGGUACGAAGGCCGCAUCUCCGGUACCAGCCGGCAAGGCAUUUUCCCAGCCAACUAUGUGCAGGUCCUGAAGGAGCCACGAGUGAAGAACACAGAGGAGUUUCCUCCCUCCCCAAAUCUCCGGGCAGCCCAUUCCGGCUCACCAUCCCAGCUGCAUUCACCCAGCCCAGCCAGCAGGUGGCAGUCUGACACUUCACCUUCAACCCUGCAAGGAUCCCUGACCACAGAUGCGCUCUCAUCUUCCUCUAGCCACUCUGGGUUCACUUUCCCUGUGUCUCCCAAGCUAGAACACUCUGAGGCUGUGCCCCACAGACCCCAGAGUACUCCCCGGCCUGCCUUAUUCUCUCUGCAGAGUCCAGCAACAGCAUCUAGCAUCCCACAGCCUGUCUCAACCUUCCAGAAGCAGGAGGUGCCACGGCCCGCUGUCUCUGCCCCAGCUUCCCAACCAAGAGCGCUCUUUAUGUAUGAAGUGUGGGCUGGGACAGGUGGUGUUCAGCGUCUCACCCUCCUUUCUUUGCAGGGCUCAUCCCUCGAAGCAGCUGCUCCUCAGGCUUCCCAACCACGCAGCACUAAGCGCCCCUCCGAAGCCGCCGAAGCCGACAUACAGUGGACUCCCUACAAGGCUCUGUACCAAUACAGACCUCAGAAUGAGGACGAGUUGGAGCUUCAGGAAGGAGACCGGGUAGAUGUCAUGCAGCAGUGCGACGAUGGCUGGUUCGUGGGUGUAUCCAGAAGAACACAAAAAUUUGGCACUUUCCCCGGGAAUUACGUCGCUCCUGUGUGACUCUCCCUCAACCCACCCUGCAUUCCACUUGUGCCAAGAGGAAACUGAACCUCCUGCUCUUGGGUCCCAUUUCCUUGGAGAGGCAGCCCACGAUUUGUAAGCAACAGCAGGGGGAGGAGAUGGGGUGUGAGAACCAGCCUGGACCCCCGUAUCUGCUCAUCAAGGCCUUGCAGUUUGUCACUUGGAUCUGGGGCUUUUACCCCACUGUCCCUUUACCCUGCUGUCUUCCAGUUUUGUGCCUACGGUACUUUGAAUGUGGGGUGGCUGCAGCUUUAUUCCUUUCCCCACCCCGCCC